AUGGCCGCGACGGACCUCGUGAACACGCGCUGGGUGCUCGCGCAGCGGCCCGGGCAGCGCGCCUUCGACGCGGACCAGGAUUGCAAGAAGGAGACGGCGCCCGUGCCGGCGCUCGCGCCGGACGAGGUCUGCGUAAAGGUCGAGCUGCUGAGCGUCGACGCGUUCAUCCGGACGAUGCUCGACGCCGAGGCGUACCACGGCGCCAUCGAACUCGGCGACCCGCUGCCCGCGCUCGGCUACGGCACCGUCGUGGCCGCGGGCGACGACGCGAAGAAGCACGUGGGCAAGCGCGUGAUGGGCAUGUGCAAGGCGCAGACCCACGCCGUGGGCACCAUGGGCAUGGAGGGCUUCAUGCCGUGCAUGGGCUUCCCGGGCGUCCCGGAGACGGCGAGCCUCGGGCUCCUGUCCGUCGCGACGGGCGUCGCGUCCUACGUCGGGUGCUUCAAGGUGCUCGCGCCGCCGCGCGGGGGCGAGACGGCGCUCGUGUCCGCGGCGGGCGGCGCCGUGGGCUCCAUCGCCGUCCAGCUGCUGAAGACGACGGGCGCGCGGGUCGUCGGCGUCGCCGGCGGGCCCAAAAAGUGCGCCUUCGUCACGGAGCGGCUCGGCGCGGACGCGGCCGUCGACUACAAGUCGCCGACCUUCGCCGACGACCUCGACGCGGCGUGCCCGGACGGCAUCGACUUCUUCCUCGACAACGCGGGCGGCGACACGCUGCGGGUCGCGCUCGACCGCAUCAACAUGCGCAGCCGCGUCGUCGUCUGCGGCGCGGCGUCGCAGUACUCCGGCAACCUCAACACGGGCCGCGACGACAAGGGCCAGGGCGGCGCCGUCGUCGGGCCGUCGUCGUACCUCAAGCUCUCGGAGAAGAGCUCGACGAUGGCGGGCUUCAACGUCAUGCACUACUUCUCGUCCAUCCCCCUCGCGCUCUUCAACCUGUGCUGGUACCACUGGCGCGGCAAGGUCGUCGUCCACGAGCAGAUCGAGGAGGGCCUCGACGCGUUCCCGGGCGCGCUCGUCAAGCUCUUCUCCGGCGGCCACUGCGGCAAGCUCCUCGUCCGCGUGGCCCCCUCGGCGUAA